UGUGUUAUAUUUUUAUAUACUCCUGACCAAAAUGUUUAUUCUCCCAACAGCUGCUGGCUGCCAAAUAGUCUUCAACUGGUAAAAUUAAGUUCCUCUUCAAUAGGAAAUAACAUUGUUAUUUUUGAGUGCAUGUUUUUUGGAGAGCCUGGCAUACUUCUUCGUACAUCUGGAGUCAUACUUUACCUGGAGGAAAUGUAUCUGCAAAAAUGUGCUGACUGUUCUAUACUUGAUGUAGAUCAUAUUGGAAAGAUUUCCAUUAUGAAUCCUGCUUACUUGACAGGUAUACUGCUUACACAGAUAAAAUGUACAAGGCCAGAAAUAUUUUAA